UUGAUGUUGUGUGACCUUUCACCCUUAAAUCCCCAAUUGUUUUCUUUUUUCUCUCAGGUAACCAGGCGGAAGUUGAUGUUGUUUAAAAGGGAGGCGGUAAAUGUGUAUUGUGGAGCGGGUAGAAAACGGUUAAUUAUGUGUUUGUUAACUGAAUUACCGAGGUAGUGGAACAGGCAGCCUGGUUCAGAGGGGCGUGACAGAAAAGAGAAGCUGGUAGUGAAGCGUAAAUUGGACAGUAUUUAAAAAAAAAAAAAUCACCGUGGAAGGAAAAUGGGAUCCAAAUCAGAUCAGUUGCUGAUUGUUGUCUCCAUUCUAGAAGGCCGGCGCUUCCCCAGACGCCCUCGACACCUACUUGUGGUGGAAACCAAGUUUGAUGGAGAACAGUUAGCAACAGACCCCGUAGACCACAAGGACCAACCACAGUUCUCUACAGAGCUGGCCUGGGAGCUGGACCGGAAGGCCCUCCAUCAGCACAGAUUACAGAGGACACCCAUUAAGCUACAGUGUUUUGCAGUAGAUGUGUUAUCAUCUGCAAAGGAAUCGGUGGGCUAUAUUAUUCUUGACCUAAGACCUGUUCAAGAAAAGAAACAGACUCCUAAAUGGUAUCCGUUGUUAAGCAGCAAGUACACGAAAGUGAAGCCUGAGAUUCUGAUUGGUAUGGCACUUGAAAGUGAUGCCAAACCUUUAACUGAUGGAUUUAAAGCUAAAGAAGCACCACCGAGGGAAGUUACUCCUGCGUUCUCUAAUCUGGAUCCUAAAAACAUUACUGCAGUCCUGAAUGAAGAGGAAGGAUAUCAUCAAAUUGGACCACCGGAAUACUGCAAUGAGCUUUUUGUCUUGUCUGUUACAGUAGCUUUUGCAAGUCAGUUGGAGCAGUUGAUUCCUUGUACAAUGAAGCUUCCAGAGGAAAGGCCAGAGUUUUUCUUCUACUAUACAUUACUGGGAAAUGAUGUGACCAAUGAGCCUUUCACUGACCUGAUCAACCCCAACUUUGAACCAGAAAGAGCAUCUGUGAAAAUCCGCAGUAGUAUUGACGUCCUCCGAGUGUUCCUCGCUGCACAGCCAAACUUACAAAUACACCUUUGCUGUGGAGACCAAUCCCUUGGCAGUACAGAUAUUUCAAUAGCAGGUCUGUUGAAGAAAUCCAGCGUUGAUAUUGAAAAGCAGCCUGUUGCAGUAGAAGGGGCUUUCACCCUGAUACCACCAAACAGAGCUAAACAAAAGCUGCCAUCUGUUCCUCUUGAGCUGCAGCCAACUGUCGGGGUGUCGGUGACAUUAAGGAAAGAGGGAGUUAAUUCACAGCCUUCCAGCCCUGACAAAGGCCAAGCUGUAGCUCAGACGCCUGUGAAGAAGAGAGUUGUGUCUCCUACUUUCCCCAAGUCCCCAGCUCCAGUUCAGAGAGCCAGUACGGCCCCCUCUCCCAACAGCCCCUCCCCUGAGAGCCCCCCAUCCCCUCUCAACAAUGACCCAGCGACUGAGAGUGAAGUGGAUAGCCUGCAGGAGGACCACAGGCAGGCCAGGCAGUUCCCACAUGAGUCUAAUGGGAAGGCUAGUGAACCACCUGAAGAACCACCUGUAUCAAAAUCACAAAGCAGAGCAAAGUCCCCUCUGCUUUCACAGCCUUCUAUUCAGCCAGCAUCCGAUGGGGUUAGUAAACACGCCGAACAAAUUGCUUCAGAAUCUCACAGCAGUCCAAAGUCUCCUCUGCUUUCAAAUCCUUCAGAGCAACGACCCUCCAAUGCUACCGAGCCAAGGCACCAGUCUGAUGCGGUCUCAAGUGCCUCAAUUUCUACCUCUGCACCAAAGAUUGCUAUCCCAGCGUCAGCACACCAUUUCUGUUUUGCACUGGAUUUAAGAAGCAUUAAAGACAUGGAUGUAGGCUUUCCUGUAAAUUGCAUGCUAAGGUAUUCAUACCCAUUCUUCGGCAGUGCAGCACCCAUCAUGACCAACCCUCCUGUGGAAAUUCGAAAGAAUAUGGAAGUUUUCCUGCCUCAGUCAUACUGCGCAUUUGAUUUUGCUGCCGUGCCUCAUCAGCUACAGGACACUUUCUUUAGGUUACCUCUGUUAGUGGAGGUAUGGCACAGAGAUAAAACAGCCAAAGACAUUCUCUUGGGAGUAGCGAGACUGCAGCUGUCAAACGUCCUGACGUCUGAGAAAACAAGGUUUUUAGGCCAUUCGGGCGAGCAGUGCUGGAGGCAGACCUACAGUGAGAGAGUCACAGUUACAGCAGCCAAAGGACCAAGUAACAAAGUCUCUGAGCUGUGCUAUUUCAUGACCCUGGAGAACUUUGGUCUGGUGAAAACCCAGGAGAUCUUCAUAUCUGACUCUUCUCAGAGUGCCAGUGCUGGGCACCCAAAACCAGUGCCACAAUCUCAGCCACCCCAGGACCAUGUACCACAACAGGAGCCUGAACCAAGGGAGACCCUGGAGUAUAAGGCAGCCCUGGAGCUGGAAAUGUGGAAGGAAAUGCAAGAAGACUUGUUUGAGAACCAGUUAAAACAGAAGGAACUCGCACACAUGCAAGCCCUGGCAGAGGAGUGGAAGAAAAGGGAUAAGGAAAGGGAAGCUCUUGUGAAGAAAAAAGUAUCUGAGUAUUCUAUACUGGAGGAGCAGCUUCAAAAAACCCUGGCAGAUCUCGAAAAGAGAGAAAAGCAACUGGCCUUUUCUGAGAUGGAGCUACAGAGACUGAGAAAGGAGAUGCAGGCUGACCAUGAGCGUAGCCUGCGAGAGCUGCAGGACAACAGCCGUCGUGUCCGAGAAGACUGUGUCCACCAAGUGGAGCUUGAGAGGUUAAAGGUCAAACAGCUGGAAGAGGACAGGCAUCGCCUACAACAGCAGCUUCAAGAUGCAGAACACAAGUACAGGCUGUUGGAGAAGGACUUCCUUCAGUUCAGGGACCAGCAGAGCACCAAACCAGAAAUCCGACUUCAAUCUGAAAUUAAUCUGCUCAAUCUGGAAAAAGUGGAACUGGAAAGAAAGUUGGAAUCUUCAACAAAGUCUAAGCUACAUUAUAAGCAACAGUGGGGACGAGCUUUGAAGGAACUUGCAAGACUAAAACAGAGAGAGCAGGAAAAUGCCAUGGCUCGUCUGAAGAAGCAGCAGCAGGAGCUUGAGCACAUGAGACUUCGGUACCUGGCAGCUGAGGAGAAGGACGUUGUUAAAACAGAGAGGCAGGAACUGGAGGAGAUCAGAAAUGAACUGAACAGGUUAAAGCAGCAGGAAGACAAAAAACAGUCAAGGGACGAGAGAGAUACUGCAACAGGGAGAACAGAUGGACACCACAUCCAGCUUCUGAACGAAAGCCUGGAUGACUAUCUAAGCAGGCUAAUAGAGGAAAGGGACACACUUCUAAGGACAGGGGUGUAUACUCACGAAGACCGUAUUAUCAGUGAGCUGGAUAAGCAAAUACGAGAAGCUAUUGCAAACCGAAGCAGCAAAUAAAUAAACUAAAUGCUGUUUGACUCUCUGUAAUCAUCCUGCAGCAGGAAAUGUUAUAUAUGUAUUAUACAUUGUAAAUACAUGAGGGCCAAUAGUCUCCCACCCUAACAAUUGUGUAUAUUUAAAUAGUGUACAUUUUUACUACAUUUAAUAAUGUUAUUUUUAAUUCUGAAAGUAUUUUCAAAAAGCAUUUAUAUUUUAGAAAAUGGAAAAAAAUGUAUAUUUUAAAAUACUCCACAAAUUGAAUUGGCAGACUGCAAAGUAUUACAAUGGAAAUUGUGUUGUCUUUUAAAAAUAAACCCUGUAACAGUUGCUUGUUUGUAGACCUGUGACUUUGUCAUUUUUCAAUACACUAUAUACUGUGUGUACAAAAGUGGCUUAUUUUUUUUUUUAACAGGAAUUCCAGGUGGUGAUUUAGUGUCUUUAUUCUGUUUGUGAACAGAAGGGGGGGCCCUAAUGUAAAAAAUAAAAAAGGCUUUUACAGAAUAACAUACUUUUCUGGAUUAAUGUAUUUAUGUGUUGUGCUGUAUAGUAUUCUGAAACUGUAUUAAAUAAGAUUUGAGUGUCUGUUGUUUUAAGUCUGUAUUUUGUAAAUGUACCUGUUUUAGGUGCUUUAAGUAACAACAUAUUUGACAGUGUAGAAAAACAGGUGCCCUUACACAGUGUAUUUAAUUGUUUUUUUCUAGUUGGACUAAUAAACAUUUAUAUUAAUCAAGCACUAAAGGUA